AUGCUGGUUAUCGGCGAGGAACCUACCGAGCAAAUCACAUGCUUCGAGAUUUGCGCCCUUGUCGCCGUCAUGAUCACCAGGCUCUGCGAUGAAGAAUUCCAGAAGCACAAUGUCAUUCCCGUAAUGGCAGUAAGCGUGCUAGGCAAGAUGAAGGUGCGGAUUCUCGAUUCUCACUACGGCCCUAAGGGCUUAGUUGUCCGUAAGACACGGCUGCUCGACUUCUUUGAUGAAAACAAUGCCAUCCUCAACAUGGGUCAUAUUAUGAGACAUAUGGCUUCUACCGUGAAGGGCGACACAAAACGCCCCAAGAACAUCACCAAGUUCCAAAAAGCCAAUUUACACGACACCGAGAUACCCGCGCAAGGAGACCUCCUAGCCCAGGCCCCUAAGCGCACAUGGACCUGGGGUCGUCCUCGAGGCAAACGGACCUCGGUGGCAAACGCCUUCGAAGACUUGCCUCCAAACACGGUUCCUCAGCCAAGCGCUCUGAGCGAUCGCCCUACUCUAGGUCCUCGGGCUAGCAACGAACUUCUGCCCAAAUGUGCUCUUUCCAUUCCUCCUCCUCCCCCAGCAAAGGACACUCCCAUGACAGAUGCCGAGAUAGAGAAGCUGUGCAGUUUCCUGCAGGAUUACAAAUAG